UUUUGUUAUAGCAUCUAACAUAAAAAUAAAUUUGUGGCUAUUGAUAAAUUACACUUAAACUACUAAGUCAUAAUAAUACACAUCAUUAAUAAUACACAUAACUCAUUAAUGAAAAAAAAAUGGAUAAAAAUGAAUACAAAAUCAAAAUGUUGAAAGUUUUAAAAAUGUUGCGUGAAGAGGAUGUUGAAUCAUUAAAAUAUAUCUUCUCAGAUAUUGGUCAAGGUGUUCUUGAAAAGGUUAAAACUCCUCUUGAUUUAAUUAAGAUCUUAGAAAUGAACAGUUUAGUUAAUGCUGAUAAUUUAGAGCUAUUUACAAAUGCACUUGAAAAUCUGGGGAGAUAUGAUAUUGUUAAAACUUUAAAAGAAAAAAGUCAAGUACCAGAUAAAAUACCUGUUCAAGAGGUUGGAUUUAAUUGUAUAUAUCAAAAUACAUCAAGUAAUAAUGAAUCUAAGAAUGCAGUUAUGAUAGAUAAAAAGGAGCCCAUUGAUCUAACAAAGAAUCCUUAUGAUACAAAGUUGACAGCUGCCAUCAGAUUAAAAUAUGAUAUUGAAAGUAUUGAACAAAUUGUUAAAGAAAAUCCGAGUAUCAUUAACACACCAGAACGUAAAUUCGAUGAGUUGCCUAUUAUUCUUGCAGUAAAUCACAAGAACAUGGAGCUAUUAAAGUUUUUGCUAGACCAAGGUGCAGAUAUAAAUAAAAAAAUAGGUGAAUAUGGAAUAACAGCUUUGUACAAUGCAGUUCUUCGUAAAAAUCAUGAUGCAGCUACUAUACUUUUAAAACAUAAACAAAUUGAUAUGUGUAUCAGAUGUUGUGAGGCAAAAAAUACUGCAUUGCAUUGUGCUGUUUCUAUAAGAGAUAUUAAAAUGGUAGAAAUUCUUGUUCAAUAUGCUAAAGAAAAAGGAGUUUUGCAGAAAUUAAUGACAUAUAAAAACAAGAAUGAACUUACACCAGAUAAAGUGUCUACUGCUACUAGUUCUGAGGCUAUAACACGUUUAAAAAUGCUGGUAGAUGAUACAGGAAAAGAUAAUGCUGCAGCAAUCCAACAAAUUAGUCACGGUGGUCAUUCUUACACAAUUAACAAUCCAAAUAAUGUUUCAAUUACGAAUGUUAUAUAUUCACCAACAUCAUUAAAUAAUAACGUUCCUGAAACAUCCAGUUCACAAGAUGAAAGCACAAAGUUGUCAUCCCCAUCAUAUGAAAGCUCAAAACCUUCAAGUGUGUUAUUAGAUAAAGUUACAAAAGAGCCAAAUUCAUCUGAUGAAAUUAUGAGAGAAUUAUGUUUACCAUCAGACAAGGAGUUAAACGAUUUUUAUGUUUAUAUGCAACUAAGACAAUUUCAUUUGUCGUCUAUGCAAAAUGAAGAACACAUUAAUAUUUUGAGAUUAUAAAUUUUAAAUGGUAGAGAUUUUGCAAGAAGAUCAAGGGUAUCAAGGAAAGAGAUCCUUGAAAUUCAUGAUCAAUUUUUAAAAAUAAAAAUAAAUACUUUUUUAUAAAAAAUUUAUGAUUAAGUAUGAAUGAAAUCAAGAAGAAUACUUUUGGUUUAUAGAUUAAAUUACUUUGUAAUAUCUAAAAAUAUGUAAAUAACAUUUUACAUUUUGAAUUGUAAGUGAAAAUGUUUUUUAAAAAUAUUUAAGUAUACUUUUGUGAUUUAUUUAUGCUAAGAGAUAGAGUUGAUUUUUUUUUAAAA